AUGAUGGCGCAAGAUCAACUACCACAACAACUGCAACAACUACUACCUGAACAACAACAAGGACAAGGACAAGGACAACAAGCACAAGUGUUGUUGAGCCCAACACAGAUAUUGUUGAGUGAGUUGGUACACUUUGCAGCGUUGGGCGACUUGGAUAGCUGUACAUCGGUAUGCGAGAGAAUGAAGAAACAGCAUCCGAGCGUAGUGUUCCGUACUUGGAUCAAUGAGACCGACAUCAAUGGUAACUCGGCAUUGCACUGGGCUUGUUAUCGCCGACAUUUGAACGUGGCUAAGUUCCUGAUUGCCAGGGGCGCCGACGUCGACCUGCCCAACACCGAGCAACAACAGACACCGUUGCACUGGGCUUGUCUAUCGGGCGACCCUCACCUGGUCUACUAUCUCAUUGGUCAUGGUGCUGACAUGCACAAGCGAGACAAACGUGGUCUCAACACACUGUUGCUCAGCUCCAACCUGCCCGACCUGCACAUUGUCCGCUACCUCCUUUACAAAGGCAUGUCAGUUGCCAACAGGGAUGACGAAGGACAUACACCACUGCAUUGGGCAGCAUUCUCUGGCAGCACCAAACUCGUUCGAUACUUCCUUCGCAAGGGUGCCGACCUCAACAGUCUGGACAACUUGGGCAGGACUCCAUUCCACUGGGCAACAUACAAGGGUUACUACGAGACAACGAUGGCACUGUUUGAAGAAGGUGCCAGUCUCACGAUAAAGGACAAGGAGAACAGGACACCUUAUGAGCUGGCACUGACGCGAUCAACUGAGCCAGUGCUCAGGUUCCUCAAACAGCAAGAACAAAAGAAACAUCCAUCAAUCGAUCAGAAGAGUAAUAAUGGAUAUCAUAAUAAUCAAUCAUUCUGGUUAAUGUUGGCAUUGGUUGGAAACCUUUUAUUAUUUAUUAUAACAUAUUGUACUUCAUUAUGGGUCUCAGUACCGACAUUGGCAUUCAUUGCCAAUCUUGCACGUAUACUCUUCAAACACUACUGGCUCAAAGACACUCUCAACCCAUUCCCAAUCGCCUGGUGGAUAAUAAGCUGUAUCUUUUGUUACUGGUCCUAUGUAUUCCUUGUUCUUCCAGACACUGGACAAUUCACUCAAUCACAUUUGGCCUUCAAUAUAUUGAGCGCCAUCUUCUUUUAUUGCCUUUGCAAGAUACCUUUUACAGAUCCUGGCGUUAUAAAGUCAUCGCCAGAGAAUGAUCAGAGAGUGUUUUUGGACUGCCUUGAACAGAAUGAGAAGAUUCCAGAGAUAUGUACGACAUGUCAAACCAAUCGUCCAAUACGUUCCAAGCAUUGUAGAGUAUGCAAGCAUUGUGUUGCCAGAUACGACCAUCACUGUGUCUGGAUAAACAACUGUGUUGGCGCCAAGAACCAUCGACUAUUUGUAUUACUACUACUCACCUUUAACCUGGCAGCAAUACCAUUAUAUUAUAUGACUAUCAAAUUAUUGUUGAGUGAUGCUGGAGCACCAACAUUCGAGUCUGGACAUUAUUGGAGCAUGGUGACAUAUUAUUUUGAUCAUCAUAGGAUGAUAUCGAUAUUUAUGAUUUAUGGUCUGGCAGGAUGUGUGUAUACACUUCGUUUGUUGGCAUCACAGAUUGCAGGAGUAUUGUUCAACUUCACCAUGAACGAAGUGUUGAAUAUCACUAGAUACACAUAUCUUCGUGAAGGUGGUCGUUGGAAUGUAUUCAAUCGAGGUAUCCUUGGUAACACCUACGAGUUCCUCUAUGAGUACAAGAAAUGGUACAUCACUUAUACAACAUAA